UUAAUGGAACGGAAGUAUUUUGUAAACCGGAAAUAGCAGUCGACAUAGAAACAGGACGCCAUUUCCCACAAAAUUUGAAGCUUUCAAAUCGACAAAUGUGAUAAAUCAUUGAAUUUACAGUCGUUUCUACUCAAAAGAUCCAUCAAUAAAGCAGCAAAAAUGAGUACUGUAAAUUCUAUGUCUCGUAUGUACGAUAACUUAGAACCAACAGUUAUCGAUGAAGAUUUACUCAGAUCUGCUGUUGAAGAACAAGGUCCCAAAGAAGAAGCUGGUAAAAUAGCCAAAGCUGAAGGAAUAGACUUUGGUGAUGUAACAUCCUUGAGAUUAGACUUCAAAAAUGUUCUAACAAUUGACAACUUAUGGGAAUUUACAGCUUUAACAAAAUUACAGUUGGACAACAAUAUCAUAGAAAAAAUAGAAGGACUGGACUCACUUGUAAAUCUUAUUUGGUUGGAUUUGUCUUUUAACAACAUAGAAGUAAUAGAAGGAUUGGGUCAUCUGACUAAAUUAGAAGACCUUACUUUAUACAGUAACAGAAUAUCAAAGAUAGAAAAUAUGGAUAAUUUAGUAAAUUUACAGGUGUUCUCCAUUGGAAACAAUAUCCUGAAAGAUUUAGAAAAUGUUAUAUAUUUAAGGAAAUUUAAGAAACUUAAAACAUUAACACUGAAAGGGAAUCCAUUUUGUGAAGAGGACACUUAUAAACAAUAUGUGAUAGCAUUUCUUUCAGACAUAGGAUUUCUGGAUUAUAAAUUGGUUCAUCAACAAGCGAGAGAGGCUGCCAUUGAGAAAUAUAUGAUUCCAAGAGAAGAAAUGUUACACAAUGAGAAACAGGCUAAUGCUAUAGUAGAAGAAGAUAACAAGAGAAAGAUAGAGGUGGAAUUACAUAAGAUUGCUUAUGUUGAGAACAUGGAUAGUGACAGCUUGUUUGAGAGUUUGUACACAGAAGAUGCAGAAGGGAAGAAAUUGGCAGAAUUUCCUGCUAUUUCUGAACUCAUUGAAAGCUUCAGAGAAAAGUUUGUGACUGUUUGUUACCAGAUUUUUGAAUACGGUAUAAAAGAACAUGAUAAACGUCAAGCAGAAGUAAACCAGUUCUGGGAAUGUAUUGAAGAGGCAAAGAAUGAAAACAAACUUCUAGGAAUGAAGGCAAUUGAUGAAUUCAUGGUCAUGAAGAAGAAAGUAUUACAAGAACUUACACAGAUAAGUGACCAAAGACUUUUAGAACAACAAGUAUCAGACUAUAACAAAGUAAUAGCAGAACUAUGGGACAAACUUAUGGGAUACGAGUUACAACUUGUAGAUCAGUUAGAGGAAGUUGUCAAAGAUUUUGAGAGAAACCUACAGGACAUGGUAUCUAUGUUUAUUGAGAGUAUAAUGGCUUUCAUGUCAACAGCCAGAGAUCUGGAGAACUCACAUCAUGAAAAACUUAGUGAAAUAGCCUUACCUAUUGUAGACAAACUGGCUAAGAAUGAAAUGGAUGAUGAAAUCUCAGAGGAUGUCAGAAUGUUGUUUGUUGACAAAGACACAAUCAUCAAUGCUAUUUCGACGUCACAUGACUAUCAUUUACUAAAAAUAGACAAUAAAGAAGAAGAUAUGAUGACCAGACUGAACAAUUGGAUGAAAGGACUCUUAGAAAAAAUACAUGAUGAAGAAGAAAUUCAGAGAAAUAGGUUACGUGUUGUGGAAAUAAAUCAUCUGAUUGACCACUUACGGGAUGAAAUAGACAAUCUGGAAGUGGGAAAUGCUGGAGGAUACUAAACGGAAUUUUUAAAACUGCUAUGAAACUAUUUCUCUGAAGAGGUCUACACAUCCUCUUUUUCAUCUCUUUUCAUUGAAAGUUAUUUCAUCAUUUAUCAUUUUAAAAUAAUUGUUUUUGCUUAAAAGCAAAAAUGUUUUCUUAGUACAUCCUGUCUGCGGAAACUUAAACUGAUGAAUUUUAUACAGGCUUACUGGAAAACUGGAACAUUUUGUUCACACAAUAUGAACAGAGAACAAGAUCAAGAGCUAACUGUGAUAAAGUUAUUAUUUGUAAAUUGUAUAUUUUUAAUUUCUGUAAAUAAAUUACAAUACAAUAUUUA